GGCGAAGGGCCGAAGGUUAUUCAGGAAACGUGAAUAGAUCGAACCACGACACAGGAAGAGAUACCAAUGAUUGAAGAAUGCAGAGGCUUGAAAAAGACUGACGAUACUCAAAACAAGGGGGCAGAGGACUCAGACACAAGUUAUGAGCUUGCCCCAGCGUUGAAGUGUGUAGAGUCGGAUAUCAGCUAUGAGCUGGCUCAACAUUCUGAGACCAUCAAGCCAGAUGUUAGCUAUGAGUUAGCUCAACUGUUUGAGAACCCCGAUCUGGACACGAGUUGUGAGCUUGUCCAGCCAUUUGAGUCUGUUGACCCGGAUGUCGGCUACAAGCUGGUUCAUCCUUUUGAGAUCGUCGAGUCGGACGUCAGCUAUGAGUUGGUGCAACUAUUUGGGACCAUCGAACAUGAUGACAAUUAUGACUUAGCUCAACUCUUUGAGGCCUCCGAGCCAGGUAUCGACUAUGGGCUUAUCCAACUGUUGGAGACCGUCGAGCCGGACGACGGCUAUGAGCUUGCACAACUGUUUGAGACCCUCGAGUCCGACGUGGACUAUGAUCGAGCCCAACUGUUGGAGACAAUCGAUACGUCCGAAAACGAUGUUGGGUAUAGUUUUAAGAGUCAAAAGCUGGUAACUAUGAAAGAUAUUGGAGAUUUCAUAAUGGAUCAAUGCACGACGGUGAGUGUUGAAGGAGAAUUAGUCGGGAACCUUUUGGAAGGACAAGACAAUGAGAUUCGACUUUCAUUUGACCAAUGAGGCGGAGGAAAGACCAUCGUGGAAGUUAAGUUUAUUGAGGAUGCUAACCAUCUUAAAAGCACGUCGAGAUAAUUUAAGGAACUGU